AUGUAUGCUCUACACGUUAUAGCUGGCCAAGCGCAAGGACGGACAAACGUCAAUUUUCUCUCACAGCAUAAUCCACACGUCAUGAAGACUAGAGACAGGAGAUUAAUCUCACGGAGUGGGGGUGAAGCCAAAAAUGUAGACGACGAAAAGGUGGUCGCGUUGAGAGAGUCUGAGGUCGAAGAAAAAUCAAAAGAGUCAGAUCCUGAUGAUGAAGCUACAAAUCCUGAUACUGAACAAGACUUGCAACAAGGCAGUCAAGCUUUAAGUUGUCCGAAAAGAAUGAAAACCAAAAAGAAUAAUGCACCUGAAGAUGACAAAUUUUUAGAAGCCCUUAACAAAUCCAUCAAAAGUAGAGAACAAUAUGAGGUUGAGAAUCAAGAUGACGACAGGUUAUUCAUGCUGUCUUUAGUUAGCACCUUAAAAAACGUGCCUCCUCAAAAAAAAAAUGGCAACUAA